CAGUGAAGAGAUUGCAGUAGGGGUUAAUGUCAGCUCUUACGAUGGGCCAUUGCUAUACAAUUAUGAGCCGCCUAGGCGAGAGAGGGGUCAGGCAGAGGUAAGGGGAAGGGUCAAUGGACAGAGGAGAGAGAUAGAGUUGUGGUGUGAGGAGAAUCGGUGGAGAAUUGGGCAGGUGUCUUGGCCCUGGCCGUGGUCUGUGAUUGGUUGAGGAGGACCGGGCGUGGCUCACCUGUACACCUAACCCUAUCCCGGAUGGUCAGAGAGUGCCCAUUGGAUUCCCUGAGGCCGGCCUGUGAACAGCAUGCAGGGGACUAAAGACACUCCCAUGAAGACGUUUCCUUCACAGAGCCGAUGUCUGCGAUGUGGUGACUACCUGGAGUGGUCCGAGGAGCACAGCGGCCUGCUGGGCUGCCAGAGCUGUGACCCGCCGGGAGACCCUGGCCCCCGGCGGUCCAGCAGCCUGACGGGGAGAGAGGACAUGGAGAGGAGCCAGUGGGCCGCCGGCCGGGUGGGGGACGUGGAGUUCACUGGCCCCACGCGCACAAAGGCUAAGUUCGUGAGGGUGCAGAGCAGCACAGACCCCGUGCUGAUCUACCGUAUGCUGACGGAGCAGUGGGGCCUGGCUCCUCCCCACCUGGUGGUGGCGCUGGUGGGCGGCGACGAGCUGGCCCAGAUGAAGCCCUGGCUGAGGAACACCGUGAGGAAGGGACUGGUGAAGGCGGCGCAGAGCACCGGGGCCUGGUUCCUCACCAACGGCCUCCGCUUCGGGAUCACCAAGCACCUGGGCCAGGCGGUGCGUGACCACUCCCUGGCCUCCACCUCCUCCAAGGUCCGCGUGGUCGCCAUCGGCAUCGCCCCCUGGAGCAUGAUCCACAACAGGGAGGCUCUGCUUAGCGCCAAGCCCGACAACCCGGCGGUGUAUAAGUCCCAGGACCUGCCCCACGGCUCGGUCUACGCCCUGGACAGCAACCACUCCCACCUGGUGCUGGUGGAGGAGGACCCCCAGCGCCCGGGGGCCACCAGCGACAUGAGGGUCAAGCUGCUCAAACACAUCUCCCUCCAGCGCACCGGCCACGGGGGCGCCGGGAGCUUCGAGAUCCCCGUCCUCUGCCUGCUGGUCCACGGCGAGCCACGCAUCCUCACCAGGAUGAUCACGGGCAUCGGUAACUCCUCCCCCUGGCUGAUCCUGGCGGGGUCGGGGGGCGUGGCCGACAUCCUGGUCACCCUGCUCAGCAAGGGCUCAUGGGACGCCGACAGCGUCCAGGAGCUGCUCUCCGACACCUUCCCCGGGGCCCACCACGCCUCUGACCUCAGGAACUGGAUCAAACAGAUCCAGAAGAUCCUGGACCACGGGCACCUGCUCACGGUGCACGACCCUGAGCAGGAGAGCUCGGAGCUGGACACGGUGAUCCUCAAAGCCCUGGUGAAGGCCUGUAAGAGUCAGAGUCAGCAGGCUCAGGACUUCCUGGACGAGCUGAAGCUGGCCGUGGCGUGGAACCGCGUGGACAUCGCCAAGAGCGACAUCUUCAACGGGGACGUGGAGUGGCAGGCCGCCGACCUGGAGGAGGUCAUGAUGGACGCGCUCGUCAACGACAAGCCGGACUUUGUGCGCCUCUUCGUGGACAACGGCGUGAACCUGGGCGACUUCCUGACCUACGGCCGGCUGCAGGAGCUGUACUGGGCGGUGUCGGAGAAGAGCCUGCUCUACCACCUGCUGCUCAAGAAGUACCAGGAGAAGCAGCUGCUGCUGAAGGCCGCCCGGAGCCCCGGCCCCCCCGGACACCACCCCCCCGAGCAGGGCGAGAGGAAGCCCCGCUUCACCCUGCACGAGGUGUCCAAGGUCCUGAAGGACUUCCUGCACGACUCCUGCAAGGGCUUCUACCAGAAGAUCCCCACGGAGAAGCCGGCUAAGGGCCGUCUGUUCCACAGCCAGAAGAGCCUGGCGGAGCUGGAGGAGUGCUGCGAGCACCCCUGGAGGGACCUGUUCCUCUGGGCCGUGCUGCAGAACCGCCAGCAGAUGGCCAACUACUUCUGGGCCAUGAUGAAGGAUGUGUUCUUCUUCCUCUUCUUCCUGAGCGUGUGGAUGAUAGCGUAUGGCGUGGCCACCCAGGCCCUGCUGCACCCUAACGACCCCCGCAUCGACUGGGUGUUCCGCCGGGCUCUGUACCGCCCCUACCUCCACAUCUUCGGACAGAUCCCCUUGGAGGAGAUAGAUGCGGCCCGCAUGCCGGACAUCAACUGCACCGACGUCCCCGAGGAGAUCAUCAUGGGCACCCUGCCGCCCUGCCCCAACAUCUACGCCAACUGGCUGGUCAUCCUGCUGCUGGUCAUCUUCCUCCUGGUCACCAACGUGCUCCUGCUCAACCUCCUCAUCGCCAUGUUCAGCUACACCUUCCAGGUGGUGCAGGAGCACACCGACAUCUACUGGAAGUACCAGCGCUACCACCUGAUCGUGGAGUACCACAGCCGGCCUGCGCUGGCCCCGCCCUUCAUCAUCAUCAGCCACCUGUCCCAGCUGCUGCUCAGCGUGGUGAAGAGGACCGAGCCCAAGCAGGAGCACCUGGAGGGAGCUUCGGCCGGCCUGGACCAGCGGCUGAUGACCUGGGAGACGGUCCAGAAGGAGAACUACCUCGCCCACCAGGAGUGCCGACUGCUGGAGAGCAGCGAGGAGCGGCUCAGGAGCACCUCCUCCAAGGUGCAGAGCCUGCUGAGGAUGGCCGGGGGCUUCAAGGACCAGGAGAAGAGGAUGGUGAGCGUUGAAGCCCAGGUGCGGUACUGCGGUGAGGUUCUGUCCUGGUUGGCCGAGUGCUUCGCUCAGAGCACCCUGAAGUGUGGCCGGGACGCCCCCAAGUCUCCCAUGUCGUUGUCAGGAGCCCAGGUGGGGGGGGGCAGAGGCCGGCCCCAGGCCGCUGGAGAGGAGGAGGCCGAGGCCGCCGGGCCCCGGGCCAGACAGCAGGGCUACGGGGCCAACAAGAAGUUCCCGUACAUCGAUGAGGAGAAGCGCUAGAUGGAAGGACACCAGGAGAUCCAACGUGCGUUUGCUCAUUUCCAUACAGGAUAUCAAUUCAGAUAAAGACAAAUACAAUACUUUAGAAAACUCAACACUUUUAAAUUGAGUCAGUACCAAAUGUUUCAAAGCUUUUCCCUUUCACUUGAGGUGAAGACCCACCUUAGCAGAGACACGAUUAAAAUGUUUUCACUACACUAGUUGUUUAUUAUUCAGUUUUUCUUUUAUUAGCACAAUGUCAACUGUGAUUUUUCA